AUGGCAGAAAAGGGGCUCUUCGCCGACGACCUCGUGUCUCCCACCGUCGCCUCUGCUCUCCCCGAAGGCUACAUCGUUCGCGCCCUCCGCCAAUCCGACUACAAUACCGGCUUUCUCGACUGCCUCCGUGUCCUGACCACCGUCGGUGAUAUCAGUGAGCCACAAUUCGCAGAACGCUACGAUUGGUUGUCCAAGAGCGACGGGUACUAUAUCCUUGUCAUAGAGGACACGAGCAGGAAAACCGUGGUCGGAACCGGUGCCUUGAUUGUCGAGCGCAAGUUUAUCCACAGCCUUGGUCUUGUGGGCCACAUCGAAGAUAUCGCUGUGGCAAAGGACCAGCAGGGCAAGAAGCUCGGUCUGCGCAUUAUCCAGGCCCUCGACUUCAUUGCCGAGAAGGUCGGCUGCUACAAGAGCAUCUUGGACUGUAGCGAGGCCAACGAGGGCUUCUACGUCAAGUGUGGCUUUAGGAGAGCCGGCCUAGAGAUGGCCCACUACUACGAGGGAGACAAGAGUAAGGCCCAGUAG